UGUGUGGUGUGUGUUUUAAGCGGCUCCGCGGCGCGGGAGUCUGGAGAACCCAACCCAACAUGAAGGGCGCCGAAGGCUUCGAGAACCCGGCGUUCGUCCCCUCCAGCCCGGACACCCCGGGUCGCUCGUCCUCAUCGCCCUCUCAGGUGCAGGUUUCUGGUGUGACCCCCGACGGCCCCAGAGAAGAUUCGGAUUCGCAGGCACAGGAGGACAAGUCCCCCCAGGAGUCGUCGGGGCCGCCGCCAGGCUCGCUCCCGGCCUCGGCGGCAGAGCCUCCUGGGUCCCCGUCGCUCUCCGAGUUUGAGGAGGGGCCGUGCGGCUGGGGAAACUUCCACCCGCGCUUUCUCCAGCGCUGCAACACGCCCCGGGGCUUCCUCCUGCACUACUGCCUGCUGGCCCUCACGCAAGGUAUCGUAGUCAAUGGCCUCGUUAAUAUCAGCAUCUCCACGAUUGAGAAGCGCUAUGAGAUGAAGAGCUCUCUGACUGGCCUCAUAUCAUCCAGCUACGAUAUCUCGUUCUGCGUGCUGUCCGUGUUUGUCUCGUUCUUUGGGGAGAGGGGACACAAGCCCAGGUGGCUGGCCUUCGCCUCCUUUAUGAUAGGACUGGGAGCACUCGUAUUUUCCUUGCCACAGUUUUUCAGUGGACAGUAUCAUUUGGGAUCCAUUUUUAAAGACACUUGUUUAACCGCACGGAACAGCACCAGCUGCACCUCCUCAGCGUCCUCGCUCUCUAACUACCUGUAUGUCUUCAUCCUGGGACAGUUGUUGCUGGGCAUGGGCGGGACCCCUCUCUACACCCUGGGGACAGCCUUCAUCGAUGACUCAGCGCCCACGCACACGGCUUCUCUCUACAUCGGAAUUGGCUAUUCCAUGUCGAUCCUAGGCCCUGCCAUAGGCUACGUGCUGGGAGGACAGCUGCUCACCCUGUACAUUGAUGCUGCAUUGGGACAAAGGGUGGACGUCACUGAGGAUGAUCCGCGGUGGCUGGGGGCGUGGUGGAUUGGAUUCCUCAUCUGCUGGUUCUUUGCCUGGUCUUUGAUAAUUCCCUUCUCAUGUUUCCCAAAGCAUCUGCCAGGAACAGCAAAAAUCCAAGAUGCAAAAGUUUCCCAGACUCAUCAGACUAAGAGCAGCUCGUCACAGCACACAGAUGAGAAUUUUGGAAAAAGUUUUAAGGAUUUCCCAGCUGCCCUAAAGAAUUUGAUGAGGAAUACUGUCUUUAUGUGUUUAGUUCUAUCAACUUCUUCAGAAGCCUUAGUUACCACUGGAUUUGCUACAUUUUUACCCAAAUUUAUUGAAAAUCAAUUUGGAUUGACAUCCAGCUUUGCUGCUACCCUUGGAGGGGCCAUUUUAAUUCCUGGAGCUGCUCUUGGUCAGAUUUUAGGUGGGGUCAUUGUCUCAAAAUUCAAAAUGACAUGCAAGAAUACAAUGAGGUUUGCCCUGGCCACGUCUGGAGUGGCACUUGUGCUCAGUUUCGUGUUUGUUUAUGCCAAGUGUGAAAAUCAGCCGUUUGCUGGCGUGUCUGAAACGUAUAAUGGGACUGGAGAGCUGGGGAACCUGACCGCCCCUUGCAACGCCGACUGCAACUGUCUGCGAUCAUACUAUUAUCCUGUCUGUGGAGAGGAUGGGGUCCAGUAUUUCUCUCCCUGCUUUGCAGGUUGUGUAAACACCAUUUCAAAAGCGAAACCAAAGGAAUAUCAUAAUUGCUCCUGUACCCAAAGGCAACCAGAAGUAACAUCGGAUUCAGAAGGCCUUAGCUUUAAGGCAAAAGCUGGAAAGUGUCAAAGCCAGUGUGCAAACUUGCCCGUAUUCCUGGGUGUUUUCUUCAUGACGAUUGUCUUCACAUUUAUGGCUGGUACUCCGAUAACUGUGUCCAUCCUGAGGUGUGUUAAUCAAAGGCAGCGCUCACUAGCCUUGGGAAUGCAGUUUAUGUUGCUUCGAUUGUUGGGCACAAUUCCUGGACCAAUUAUAUUUGGCACGACAAUAGACAGCACAUGUAUUCUCUGGGAUAUUAAUGAGUGUGGCAUUAAAGGAGCUUGCUGGACCUAUGAUAACAUCAAGAUGGCCCACAUGCUAGUCGCCAUAAGUGUUACUUGCAAAAUCAUCACUAUGAUCUUCAAUGGACUUGCCAUCUUUCUCUACAAGCCACCAGCAGCAGGUGCGGAUGUGCUGUUUCAGAAUCAGAGCACCGUGGUGACCACUGUUGUGGCGGAGAAUGAAGGGUGA